AGGGAGAGAGAGGCUGUCUGGCACAGUGUUCAGGUCAGAGCAGUGGAUGGAUCUCUGACGGUUCUUCUUGAUGCUUUCUGCCGUGGAUGAAGAUGAUUGAUCCGCUUAUCGAUGGACCCGAUAACUAAUAGGCAGCUGCAAUGGAGAGCCGUGCACUGUGAGCCGUGCAUGUCCUAGUGACAUGCGGUGAAUUGACCAGGAGGAAGAAGAGGAGCGGGAUGAUCGUGCGUCAGCGGCACUGACAGCAGCGGACAUGUUUGAGGAGAGCCGCAAAAGGGGUGGUUGUAAUGGCUACACCAAUGCUGUGGACGGGGAGGAUGAUGGGGGGGAGGGGGAAGAAGAGGAGGAAGGAGGAGACCAGGGUGGAGAAGUAGACAACGAAAGAGGAGAGAGGGAUCUAGAGUGGGAUGAAGAGCUGGACGGAGGAAAUGAAGGGGGUGUGAGGAUGACAAGAACAGAUACACUUCACUCAACCACAAGUUCAACUGGAACGCAGAGAAGAAGAGGGCAACAUGCCAAGAAACAGGUGCAAGGCAGUAAUCAAGUCCAGCGAGCUCCACGAGCACUAUUUUGUCUAAAGCUGAACAACCCCAUCAGACGAGCAGCCCUGUCAAUUGUGGAGUGGAAACCAUUUGAUAUCUUUAUCCUGUUAGCCAUCUUUGCUAACUGUGUUGCUCUGGGAGUUUCAAAACCAUUUCCUGAGGAUGACUCCAACUCCACAAACCAUGACCUGGAACAAGUGGAGUAUGUGUUCCUCAUCAUAUUCACAGUGGAGACCUUUCUGAAGAUCCUGGCCUAUGGUCUGGUCAUGCAUCCCAGCUCUUAUAUCCGCAACGGCUGGAACUUGCUGGACUUUGUCAUCGUCAUUGUGGGGUUGUUCAGUGUAGUUCUGGAGACAAUGACUCAUAAGUCGAGUGGUGAGCAGGCCACCACUCAUCAUAUGCCCGGAAAGCCAGGAGGGCUUGACGUCAAAGCUCUGAGAGCUUUCAGAGUCCUUCGACCCCUCAGACUAGUUUCUGGAGUCCCCAGUCUGCAGAUUGUGCUGAACUCCAUCAUGAAAGCCAUGGUUCCUCUGCUUCACAUCGCCCUGCUGGUCCUCUUUGUCAUCAUCAUCUAUGCCAUCAUCGGCCUGGAGCUCUUCAUUGGCCGCAUGCACAGGACGUGUUACUACAUCAUAACAGAUAAUUUUGUGGAGGAUGAACCGGUACCAUGUGCAUUCGCUGGUCAUGGCCGCCAGUGCAUCAUAAAUGGAACAGAAUGCAGAGGAGGCUGGGAUGGCCCCAACGGUGGAAUCACUAACUUUGACAACUUUUUCUUCGCCAUGUUGACCGUAUUCCAGUGCAUUACCAUGGAGGGCUGGACGGAUGUUCUGUACUGGAUGAACGAUGCCAUUGGCUUCGAGUUGCCUUGGGUCUACUUCGUCAGUCUGGUGAUCUUUGGUUCCUUUUUUGUCCUUAAUCUUGUUCUGGGAGUCCUGAGCGGAGAGUUCAGUAAAGAAAGGGAGAAGGCCAAAGCUCGAGGAGAUUUCCAGAAACUGCGGGAGAAACAGCAGAUGGAGGAGGAUCUGUGUGGAUACAUGGACUGGAUCACUCAGGCGGAGGACAUGGACGACCUGGAUGAGGAUGGAAACCCAAGGCCAUCUCUGGGAGACCUGUCCGAUAAGAAGCGGGGAAAGUUCGGAUGGUUCAGCCACUCCAGUGAAACUCACGCGAGUCUUCCAGCCAGUGAGACAGCUUCAGAAAACACAGAGAACAUCGAUGAAGAGCACACCAACUGUUGCCAAGCCUGCUGUGCUCGGAUGAUGAAGAUCGGCUGCUGUCGGACUCUGCGCCGCUGGAAUCGUAUCUGUCGCAGAAACUGCCGCACAGCUGUCAAAUCCGUCACCUUCUACUGGCUGGUUCUGCUGCUUGUCUUCCUCAACACGUCCCUCAGUGCCUCUGAGCACUACGACCAGCCUGAAUGGCUGACACAGGUUCAAGACAUUGCCAACAAGGUGCUGCUGUCUCUCUUCACGGUGGAGAUGUUGCUGAAGAUGUACAGCCUGGGACUGGCUCAUUACUUCACAGCGUUCUUCAACCGCUUUGACUGUUUUGUGGUAUGCGGCGGCAUCAUGGAGACCAUCCUGGUAGAGUUGGAGAUCAUGCCACCCUUGGGCAUCUCUGUGCUGCGCUGUGUCCGCCUGCUGAGGAUCUUUAAGGUUACCCGCCAUUGGACGGCUCUCUCCAACCUGGUUGCGUCACUGCUGAACUCCAUGAAGUCCAUUGCCUCCCUGCUGCUGCUGCUCUUCCUGUUUCUCAUCAUCUUUGCUCUUCUUGGAAUGCAGCUGUUUGGAGGAAAGUUUAACUUUGAUGAGACACAGACCAAACGCAGCACCUUUGAUGCCUUCCCACAGGCACUGCUCACCUGCUUCCAGAUCCUGACAGGUGAGGACUGGAACGUGGUCAUGUAUGAUGGUAUAAUGGCAUACGGGGGCCCUGUGUUUCCAGGGAUGAUUGUCUGCAUUUACUUUGUCAUCCUCUUCAUCUGCGGUAACUACAUCCUGCUGAAUGUCUUCUUGGCCAUCGCUGUGGACAACCUGGCUGGAGGAGAUGGAGAAGACAAGAACAAGGAGAAGAAGAAGGAGGGGCCUGAGGAAGUAGAGGAAGAAGAGGUGAAGGUGGAUGUGGAUGAAGACACAGAGUAUGAGGAAGAAGAUGAGGUCCCUGAAGGAGAGGAGGAUGAAGGUGGGGUUCAGCUCAAGAUGGCAGAUCUCACUCCACCUAAAGAAAAAGUUCUUCCGAUUCCAGAAGGCAGUGCGUUCUUUUGCCUCAGCAAAACAAAUCCAAUCCGGGUCGCUUGCCAUACUCUGAUCCAUCAUCACAUCUUCACCAACCUCAUCCUCGUCUUCAUCAUCCUCAGCAGCUGCUCGCUGGCUGCUGAAGAUCCAAUCAGAGCGCAUUCCUUCAGAAAUAAUAUUCUGGGUUAUGCAGAUUACGCCUUCACCUCCAUCUUCACCGUGGAGAUCUUGCUGAAGAUGACGGUACACGGAGCCUUCCUCCAUCAGGGCUCCUUCUGCAGGAACUGGUUCAACCUGCUGGACCUACUGGUGGUCAGCGUCUCACUGGUUUCCUUCUUCCUGCACUCCAGCGCCAUCUCAGUGGUAAAGAUCCUUAGAGUCCUGCGAGUUCUGCGACCUCUGAGAGCCAUAAACAGAGCCAAAGGACUGAAGCACGUGGUCCAAUGUGUGUUCGUGGCCAUCAGGACUAUUGGGAACAUCAUGAUCGUCACCACGCUGCUGCAGUUCAUGUUUGCCUGCAUUGGAGUGCAACUCUUCAAGGGUAAAUUUUACCGCUGCACAGACGAGGCCAAAAGCACGCCUGAACAAUGCAAGGGGACGUUUGUGGUGUACAAAGAUGGAGAUGUGACGCACCCCAUGGUCCGACAGAGGAUCUGGCUCAACAGCGACUUUAACUUUGAUAACGUUUUAAUGGGGAUGAUGGCGCUCUUCACCGUAUCUACCUUUGAGGGAUGGCCUGCGCUACUGUACAAAGCCAUUGAUGCCAAUGGCGAGAACUCUGGUCCCAUCUACAACUACAGAGUGGAGAUCUCCAUCUUCUUCAUUGUAUACAUUAUCAUCAUCGCUUUCUUCAUGAUGAACAUUUUCGUGGGUUUUGUCAUCAUCACCUUCAGGGAGCAAGGAGAGCAGGAGUACAAGAACUGUGAACUGGACAAGAACCAGCGACAGUGUGUAGAGUACGCCUUGAAGGCUCAGCCUCUGAAACUCUACAUACCAAAGAACCCAGUUCAGUACAAGUUCUGGUCCAUCAUCAACUCGACAGGUUUCGAGUAUGUGAUGUUCGUCCUGAUCCUUCUCAACACCGUCACUCUGGCUGUGCAGCACUAUGAACAGUCCAAAACCUUCAGCUACAUCAUGGACAUCCUCAACAUGGUUUUCACCGGACUUUUCACCGCGGAGAUGCUGCUGAAGCUGCUUGCUCUGAGACCCCGGCACUACUUUGUGGACCCCUGGAACUCUUUUGAUGCUCUGAUUGUGGUGGGCAGCGUGGUCGACAUUGUGGUCACAGAGUUUAGUAGUGGGGAGGACAGUUCCCGGGUGUCCAUCACAUUCUUCCGGCUGUUUCGAGUGAUGCGAUUGGUCAAGCUGCUGAGUAAAGGGGAGGGGAUACGCACUCUUUUGUGGACUUUCAUCAAAUCGUUGCAGGCACUUCCAUAUGUGGCUUUGCUCAUUGCCAUGAUCUUCUUCAUCUACGCCGUGAUUGGCAUGCAGACGUUUGGGAAAAUUGCCAUGCAGGAUUACACUCAGAUCAACAGGAACAACAACUUUCAGACCUUUCCUCAGGCUGUCCUUCUGCUUUUCAGGUGUGCCACAGGUGAGGCGUGGCAGGAGAUCAUGCUCGCUAGUCUUCCAGGUAAACGCUGUGACCCAGAGUCCGAUUAUGAACCAGGAGAGGAGUUCAGCUGUGGCAGCAACUUUGCCAUUGUUUACUUCAUCAGCUUCUUCAUGCUGUGUGCCUUUCUGAUCAUCAACUUGUUUGUCGCUGUCAUCAUGGACAACUUUGACUAUCUGACACGUGAUUGGUCCAUCCUGGGGCCUCAUCAUCUAGACGAGUUCAAGAGGAUCUGGUCUGAGUAUGAUCCAGAGGCCAAAGGCCGAAUCAAACAUCUGGAUGUGGUGGCUCUGUUGCGUAGGAUUCAGCCUCCAUUAGGUUUUGGGAAGCUCUGUCCACACAGAGUGGCCUGUAAGCGUCUAGUGGCAAUGAACAUGCCUUUGAACGCUGAUGGGAUGGUGACCUUCAACGCCACACUCUUUGCUCUGGUUCGUACUGCGCUCAAGAUCAAGACAGACGGUCAUCCUGAACAGGAGAACGAAGAACUGAGAGCCAUCAUCAGGAAGAUCUGGAAGAGAAUGAAGCCCAAACUGCUGGAUGAAGUCAUCCCUCCACAUGAAGAAGAAGAAGUUACCGUUGGAAAGUUUUAUGCAACAUUCCUGAUCCAGGAUUACUUUAGAAAGUUUAGGAAGAGAAAAGAGAAGGGGGAUCUAACAGGGGACCCAAACUCCACCAAUCCGUCUGCUAUCCAGUUAUGUAAAGCAGGUCUAAAGACUCUUCAGGACCUGGGUCCAGAGAUGCGUUUGGCUCUGAAUGAAGACCUGGAUCAGGAAGAGGCCAUGCUGGAGGAAGAGGAGCUGGAGGACAGUGUCUCCUACAAGGCUGAAAACCAAUUUGAAGCAGAGACAGAACGAAGAGGCUCCAUUCUUACACCCACUGGUUUGGGUGGUGUAAUGCCUGACAGCGGUGCCUCUAACGGAUGUCUGAUCCACCGAGUUGGCUCCUUCAUCAAGAUGGCCAAUGGGAAUGAAAACGGGGACCAUUCUCACCAUAAAGAAAGCUUAAGGUCAUCUUUCAGUCAUCAACGCCAUUCACUGGGGAGGAGCGCUCAUAGAAAACCAUCAUUCUACAAAAAUGAAAGGAAGGAAUCAAGAGACAGAUCAUGGAGAAAUGGAGAUGUGGAGGCGUAUGGAGAACAGGGUUACUACAGCAGAGAGGAGGACAGUGAAAGCAUCACUUCCAGAGACAGGGAUCACCCAAAUGGGAACACUGCAUGCACCAACAGCAGCUAUGGUGACAGCUGCAGUGAAGGCAGAAGGAUGACCCGAAGACGGCUGCUUCCUGCCACACCGACAGGUCGGAAGCCAUCCUUUAACAUUCAGUGUCUGAGACGACAGGGCAGCAGUGAUGACUUGCCCAUCCCCGGGACGUACCACCCAACGUCACCCCCACGCCGCUCCCAUGCUCAGAUAUUUAACAGCCAUGAUUCCCGGCACUCCUCUGGACACUCCUCAGCAACCUCCUCCACCUCAUGGGCCAACCCUUGUCCUCGCCGUGGUCGACUCCUUUAUGCUCCUCUCAUCCUGGUGGAGGAGGAGGGCAGUCCUCCCUGGUUGGGUGGGGGACCUGGUGGAGAGGGGAAGACAGGAGGAGCAGAAAGAAUAGGUGUUAGCGCAACAAGUACAGCCUCCAGACCAGCAUGGUACGGAGCAACCACAGGAUCAUCAGCUCCACCUCCAUACCGGGCAUACACCACUCUCCGAGUCCCACCCCAGCUCAACCCCCCAUUCUCAGAGAAGCGAGGAUCAGCUGACAGUCUUGUGGAGGCGGUUCUAAUCUCAGAAGGACUUGGGCUUUAUGCUCGUGAUCCAAAGUUUGUGGCAUUUGCCAAGCGGGAAAUUGCUGACGCUUGCCACAUGACUGUGGAUGAAAUGGAAUCGGCCGCAAGCGACCUGCUCGGUUCUGGUAACCACAGCUUUCUCAGCAGUGCUGUUGUCGACUCAGCUGGGCUCUACAGCGACGAGGAGCCAAUCAAAACAAGCCGUGAUGAGGACGAGCUAGCUGACGAAAUGACAUGUGUUACAUCAUUCUGAGGCUCUGGACCAAUCACAUAUUGGUUGUGGGUGGAGCAUCCCUGACCUGUAGUUCGAGGUGGUUUUGACAGAAAGGAGACUAUGUUUUUAAAUAUCUAUUUGUUUUAAUCUCUGCUGAUUAAAGUGUUGACUAUCAGGGAAGGACAAAAUGAGGAAAGUCCAAAGAAAUUUAUUUAAGAACAGCUGACCAAAAGAAAAAAGAAAUGUUUGUAGAAAAGAGGAUUAAGAAAGACAACAAACGUAAAAAUGUAUUAAAUAAAAUAUAGCCUAUAACAGUUUUUCUCCAUUGGUUUGGCUCAUUUCUUCAAACAGAAAUUACAUUCUCAAAACUCUAAGAUCAUUUGGCAAAUCAGUCUCACAGUUCAGCACAACACAAUAGCUCACCUGCAAAAUCUAAUAUAUCUCCUAAAACUGUUCAUUAAUGCUUCAAAACUAAAUUCCUUUCCCAUGUAAAGAGUCAGUGCCACCAAAAUGGUAGAGAUUCUUCUCUAUUGCUUUGGCUCAUUUUUUUAUCAGACCGGACGUUCUCAACACUCUUGGUGCUUUUGCCAAAAUAAUGUGGCUGGUUCGGCACAACACCAUGGUUCACCUGCAAAAGCUCAUAUCUCUCCCAAAACAAUUCACUCAUGUGUCAAAACUAAAUUUCCUUCUCAUUUAAACAGUCAGUGACUCCAAAAUACUUUGUCCCUUUGGCAUUGUGUAAGCACUGCAAGUCAAAAUGAUUAGAUGUUUUGUCACGAUAGCAGAGGACCAUUGAAAUAUCCCUCAUGUCUACCUUUCAGUUGUAGCUCAGACCUUCAUUGACAAUGGGUUAUUGUACUGUUUUUGUAUAGCUAACAGAAUACAGAAACGGCGUGCAUGUGGCAACUAUCCCCUACACUGACCUCCUGUAAGAUCCUCACACACAGCAUCCAUCGCAUGGAGCAGGCACCUCUGCUCUUGAGCCUGAUGCUCAUACACUCUCCAUCUCAAAACGGACAAAAACUCCUCAAUAGGAUUGAGAAAAGGAGAGUAAGGUGGUAGGAACUCUAUGACCAUCCUUGGAUGAGUAGUGAACCAGGCCCUGAUGAGCGGGCCAUGGUGGAAAUUCACAUUGUCCCAUACAAUAACAUAUAGUGGUAGGUGAGGCCCUACCAGAUCUCUCUCAUUUUCAGGGAUCAAAUCAAAAUGAAGACGGUCCAAGAAGAUGAGGAGCUUCUGUGUAUUGUAUGGGCCAAGACUGGGGAUGUGAGUGGCCACACCAUUCUCAGAUAUGGCAGCACACAUAGUUGUGUUGCCCCUUCACCGGCCUGGUACAUCCUCCUUCGUUAGUCAAGUUCUAGUAGAAAGGAUGCUGACUCAUUUUGGAGCGAACAACCAUUAGACUGAGAAUCAACAGUCAGUUUAGAUCUCAAGAUCUAUUCUCUUGGUGCUAAAUGAAGACAUUUGCAAUUUGAUGAAAUUAAUGUGAAAUUCCAUUCUGUUGCGAACAAUUGCCAAGGUGUUUGGAGGUUUGUCCAUGUUGUUUUGAGAACGUAAUUUCUGUUUCAAGAAAUGAGCCAAACCAAUGGAGAAAAACUGUAAAUGAAGAAAAAUAAAGUUGGCCUACUUUAGUUGUGUCGGAGUGGAGAAUUAAAAGCACAACAAUAUUCCUUACCUUGAUUGAGAAAUUAAAAACCGUCUGCAACCGUGGAUACUUUAUAUAUUUUUUUUUUUACGAAAAUAUUAAAAUUGAACAGUAAUUAACAUGUUUCAGAGACAUUACAUUAAUGAACAAAUGUUACUUCUGAACCAAGUUCUUUGGGUUUUCUGCAGGUGUGACAGAAGCUAAGAAUGAAAGUCUGAAAGAAUUUCUUCAUAAACACAGAAUAAUUUUCUUUCAAAAUAUUUGACAAAAAUAUUUUCAUAAUCAGUGGAGAAGGAAACCUUUGCUGUUGAGUGAAAAAUUAUGCAUAGAUUUACUUGUUAGUUCAUUUUCAUUAAGAUGACUUUUUUUAAAUGUUAUCCCAAAGUCUAUAAAGCAUAUGAAGCAGACGGAUUCACCUUCUGUAGUCUAACUCCUGAAAGUAUUAAAACAAUGUAAUAAGUCCACACAAAUAGCCUUAACACACUGCUUUACUGUUGUUGUGUACUUGCAGGAAAAUAUGGAAGAUUAACCCAAGGAUUUUAAAAAAAUAUAUUAGUGCAUACUUUCAAUUAAAACUCAUAAAGAAACUAUUUGAAUUGCAUCCUCUUGUGAGCUUGAGUAAGGUCAAUUAAAGUCAUUUUUAUUCAUAAUCAUUUAUUUUCUCUUAAAGCCUUUUAGCACAGCUAACGCAAAUGAAACCAUUUGGGAAGAUUUUGUGAGGAUAAUCUUCAGACUGAUGUUUACCGGUUCUUUCAUAACCAGAAAGCAGAACUGACAAUCCAGAGACUUUUUCUGCUGAUGUGAAUAAUCCUCUCUGUGGCUGAAACACUAAGAGUUUUUUUUAUUCUCUUUGAACAGGCAUAUAAACUCCAAAAAAAAAGAAUGGAUGUCCAUUUGUGUCUUUUGUUUUUUUGUAUGACUUUAAAAACGUGUUAAGUGUGCUGUCUUUUUUAAAUCCCAGAUUUAUAUAUGUCUGUUUCAAGUUCUAAGCCAUUUGAAUUUCUUUUGUGUUUUGUCAUUCCACCAUUUUUCUUUCAUGUUGGAUAGUUUCAAAUAAGCUAAGGGCUUAAAACCCCCAUUCCUGGAUAAUUCCAGAAGAAACUUUCAGUUAAAAGAUGCUGAAGAGUAACUGGAAUAAAGACCAAAUUAGCAGCUGC